AUGAACGUCCGGGGGCCCAUCGACACAUCUAUCCCAACUGCCGUAUUAUCGGCUUCUUUUAACAAUGACUCCAGUUGCUUCAGUGUCGGCCUUGAGUCUGGACUAUGCAACUUCAACGCUGGCGUCGGUCUCGUCCAGAUGAUGGGCGUGACCAACUAUCUGGCGUUAGUUGGAGGCGGGAAGUCCCCCAAAUUUGCCAUGAACAAGGCUAUCAUUUGGGACGACAUGAAAGGCAAAGUUGCAAUCGAAAUCACAGCCCUCUCGCCCAUUCGAGGCGUCCAGCUCAACCGAGAACGCAUCGUGGUUGUGUUGCAAAACAGUGUCCGUGUAUAUUCGUUUGCUAAGCCACCGGAUCUCCUCCAUGUCUACGAGACGGCAGAUAAUUUAUUUGGCUUAUGCUGCAUUUCUGAUAAACAGCUCGUGUUUCCCGGGCGUACCUCUGGCCACAUACAAAUUGUAGAGCUCGCGACUGGCAAUGUCAGCAUCAUUCCCGCGCACUCGUCAUCUCUCCGAGCUAUCCAGCUGAGUCCCGACGGCCAUCUGUUAGCCUCAGCCAGCGAGACCGGAACACUUAUCCGCAUUUUCGCAACAAGCAAUUGCGCCAAGAUCGCAGAACUUCGCCGCGGCAUCGAUCCCGCGAGCAUCUUCUCUCUCGGAUUCUCUCCGUCGGGAAACCUGCUCGCCUGCACAUCAGACAAGUCAACACUCCAUGUCUUUGACGUCCCACAUCCACGCAAAUCGCAGCCGCGUCAACCACCAAAUGCUGUUGGCCCUCCCAACCCGGAUGCAGAUGCAGGGAAGUGGGGUUUUCUCAGCAAGAUCCCCCUUAUGCCUCGUGUCUUCUCCGACGUGUAUUCGUUCGCCUCGGCCCCGUUCGAGGCUGGAGACGACGGCACUAUUGGCGGGAUCCCAUUCACAGGAACCACCGUUCUUGGUACAACAAAACCGCCAAAGGGAAUGAUUGGUUGGAUUUCGGAGGACACUAUCGUGGUUAUCGGAGCUGGACAAGAUGCCAGAUGGGAGAGGUUUGUGAUAGGAAAGGGCGAUGAAGGAAAGCGAUUUUGCCGCAGAGAGAGCUGGAAACGUUAUCUUGGGAAUAGCUGA